UUUCAUUCAUUCAUGUUUCGGCAGUGCACCGUGACGUCAUAUCCGCGUUGUGCUGCAUGCUAGUCAGCGUGUGCUGGUCUGACUUGGUUCGCGUCUUGCUGUUAUUUCGGAAGUUUCAUGGCCAAAGACAAAUCACAACAGAAGCCUCCAAAGAGGAAGAAGCUGCAUCCAAUUGGCGAUGAGGAUUGUGUGGAGCAAACCAAAGAAAGCAAGAGGAAGAAGUUAAAAGUUGAGGAGGCUCCAGCCCAAAUCCCAGAUGUUGACCUCGUGGCGGAGGAAGGAAAAAAGACCAAAGUCAAGAAGCACAAAAAGAAACGAACAACGGAGCAAACAGAGACGACAAUGGAGAUUCAGAUUUCAGAUCCUGCCGACGCUCCCGCGGGGGAGGAGGACUUGAGCCCGGAGGAAAGGCGGGUCCGGGAGAGGAAGAUGAAAAAGAUCCUGAAGAAGAAGAUGAAAGCCGAGGGGAUCAUCCCGCCCCAAAACAAAGAGCCCGGCCCCACCGCGUCCCGGCAGGCCUUGGAUUACCUCACCUGCUGGGCUGACAACCGCGCGGCGUGGAAGUUUCAGAAGACGCGGCAGACGUGGUUACUGCAAAACAUGUUUGAUUCCGAACAGAUUCGAGAUGAGAAGUUCUCGGUGCUGCUGCAGUACCUGGAGGGCCUCCGUGGGGGGUCGAGAGACACCACAGUACAGAAGGCCCUCGUCCUGGUCCAAGAAUCGGGGCAAGCGCCCGAUGACAGAAAUGUCCAGAAGAAGGCGCACAGAGCCAGAGAAGUCAUCCAGAUGCUUUCCUGAUCUCAGGCUUGGACUUCUUUUCAUUUUAUGAUCAUGACUUCCAGAAGGGGGACUCUGUCAAGACCUUUAAAUUCCAUGAUGGCAUUUGACCUCAUUUAGAAAACUACAGGAGUACUUUUUUUUUUUUUUUAAAUAUGAAAGUAGCCCAAUUUUUAGGCAACAAUUCCCAAAAGUUUCUCAGGAUAUUUGUUUGUGAAAUGUGCCGACUCCGUUGUUCUUUUUCAGUAUUUUAUUUCCAAAAACCAAGAUGCUGCACUCGGCGUGAAUGGCGAACAGCACCUGACACGAUUAAAUAUUCCAUUUUGUCAUUCCCA